AUGUCUUCACUAUAUCCUGAUGAGAGUUAUUGCACGACUGACAUAGGACGUCUGUUAUUCCAACCUAAGAACGAAUGGGCUGUGACAGGAAAAGUGAUCGAAGCUACUGAUGUUAAGCAGAUCACUGGUACACACACCGACUAUGUGAUCGAGAUAAAAUGUGUUCCACGUAAUAACAUCGAGUUGGAUGAUCGAUUUUUCACCAUCACAUCCAGAUUUCGAGAACUGAAUCGGUUACACGCCAGUCUUUCCAAGCUACAUAAACAACUGUACUUACGUGGAGCUUUUCCCCAUUUCGCCGCUCCUCGACUGCUCGGUAGCUGUGAACCAUCAGUAAUUGCUGAACGACGACGUUGCAUCGACGAUUUCCUAGCUUUUGUACUGGAUAGCGAAGUGCUGAGAAAAGCUAGAGUGUUACAGGAGUGGGUUGAAAAAGCAACAGAGCGACCAAAUUCAGGUCAAGUUGCCACACCAAGCUCAUUGCUUUACGAAGGUGUGAAUAUAAUGGAUGCUCCAAACAUGUAA